UGUUAUCCCAUGAUUAUACUUAUCUUAUGAUCUCAAAAUAACAAAAUUUAUUUACUUAUUUUCAGGUGAUCUUGCAAUAACAGAAUGUAUUUUCUGAGCUCAUGCAGUACCACAGACAGACAGCCCUUAUUGGUUCUCAAGGGGGAAUUUGGGGUAAAAUAAUGUGGAACGCCACACAGUCCCCCAAGAUAAGGAUCACACCCAGGACCCUGCAGCUGGAAGGCCAGAAAAUCUAAUCCACUCUGGGUGCAACAGUAAAUAAUAGUGAAUUGGAGGUAAUCUGGCAACCCGAGUAAACACCAUGAUGGCGUCCAUCACAGACCUGAAGAGCGCCCUGAAGGAGACGUUGGAGGCACGUGGCGUGCUCACACAGCUCAGAGCGAGGAUAAGGGCGGAGGUGUUCAGGGCGUUAGAUGAUCCGAGUGAGCCACGCCCCUCACCCAGCAAAGAGACGCUGCUGAUUAAUGAGCUGAUCCGCGAGUACCUCAAGUUCCACAAGUAUCACCACACUGAGUCUGUACUCAUCGCAGAGUCAGGACAGCAGGAUAUUCCUCUGGACCGGACAUUUAUCGCCAGUGAACUGAACAUUGUAGAAGAGCCGAGCACCAGGACACUACCUCUGCUGUAUGGAGUCAUCUCUCACUUCCUGAAUGAAGAUGGAGCAUGAAAGAAAGAGAGACAGAGCCGAGGAAGUCGCAUGACAACAGGAAGUCGUAUGACAACAGGAAGUCGCAUGACAACAGGAAGUCACAACACCAUUAAAUUAUUAUUGUUUACAUUCUGAAGUGAACCAAAAGCUCCAUGAGUGUGUGACUCUCAGUGUUUAAAUGUGUUUACCUUUCUGUCCUUUUCUAAAAAAUAAAAUCUUUUUUAUAAUCUUU